GAUUUCAUUCUGCCCUGCUGUUCCCCAGGCAGGUGCUGGCGGGAAGAGAGGCGCAAUGGGAGCGGCCGCCUGCACCCCCUGCAGUCCUAAACAUUGAGGCCUUUGUUUCAAACUCGAAUCAAACCUCCCGAGCCGGCCGGGGAACCCUGCGGCUCCUGAGCGGGGAUCGGGCUGCCACACUCGCGCGAGCAAGCCCUGCCAGCGUGCACGAGUGGGAGGAGCAGUUCAGAGCCGCGCAGGGCCGGAGAGCCCCCGAAGGGGGACAGACCCGAGCCCCUGCGGCAGGACGGGGACAGUGAAGCGCCCUGGCAGGGGGCAGGAGCCGCUUGCGAAGCAGCCAGUGGACAUGUCCCAGGCCGUGAGUCUGCUCGCGGGGCUGGGGCGGGAGCGCGCAGCCCCAGGCAGCGAGCCCAGCCGCGGAAGGGAGGUGAGUCGCUGCUGGGCACUUCUCCCAGGGCAAACGAGCCCGCCGGGACAGAGGGCCGGGCGGCGGCAGCGGGGCACUUCAAAGGCCUGUCCGGCUCAGCCCGCCCUGGAGCCCAGCGCCCCUUGGCUCGGGGAGCCGCUGCUGCCCCCCGCUGCGCAUCGCAUCGCAUCGCCCGGACGGGACAGGACGGGAGAGGCGGGGCGGGAGCCGGCAGAGCAAAGGCCGGAAUCUCCUGGCAAGGAAACAGUAAAGCCCCCCCUCCGCCUGGAUCCCAGGGGGCGGAGGGGAGGGGAGGGCAGGGCGGGGGCUGGCCGGCUGCUGCCCCACGCGGCGCCCGGGCUGGCGGCGCCCCCGGCGGGCUCCCCGUGCCCCUCUGUCAUGCGUCUGCUCUGGGACGAGAAGGCGAGUCCGUGCGCCAAGAAAAGCCGAGCGCCCCCGAGCCCCGCCGCAGAGCCCGGGCACCAGCCGCCGGCCCCCGCUAACUACGCCCAGGCGCUGCCCUCGCCGCUCAUUGGAGCGGGACUGAGCGGAGCGACCAGAGCCUGCGCUGCCCUGGGAACAGCAGGAGCAGGCCCGGGCCAGAGACCCCAGCUCCGGCCAGCACGGGGGAGACAGAGCCCGCCAAGCGCUGCCCGCCCCCAGGGACUAGUUCCUCCGGGACCCGGAGCCCCCGCCCGUCUGCAGCCGAGCGGAACAGGAGGCAGAGCCCGUCCGAGCGCCCAACUCCUCUGCGCCUUCCCCCGCAGGGGGCUCCGGGUCGCGAUGGGCAGAGGAACCGUGCAAGUGCUGCUGCUCCUGGGACUGCUGCACUGGGGCCCCGGUGGCGAGGGCAGGAAGAACUGGAGGCGGCGAGGGCAGCAGCCGGCGGCUGCGGCGGCAGCCCGGGAGCGGAGCGAAGCGACUGGGCAGCCCGUGGAGAGCUUCCCGCUGGACUUCACCGCCGUGGAAGGCAACAUGGACAGUUUCAUGGCUCAGAUCAAGAGCCUGGCGCAGUCACUGUAUCCCUGCUCGGCCCAGAACCUGCACCACGAGCUGCGCCUCCAUCUCCUGCUCAACAGCUCGGUCACCUGCAACGACGGCAGCCCGGCCGGCUACUACCUCAAAGAAUCAAAAGGCAGUAGAAGGUGGCUGCUGUUCCUGGAAGGGGGAUGGUAUUGCUUUAAUAGAGAAAAUUGUGAUACCCGCUAUGAUACAAUGAGGAGGCUGAUGAGCUCCAAGGAGUGGCCCAUUACCAAAACUGGAACUGGGAUCCUGUCAUCACAGCCAGAAGAAAAUCCGCACUGGUGGAACGCAAACAUGGUUUUCAUCCCCUAUUGCUCAAGUGAUGUUUGGAGUGGUGCCUCUUCCAAAUCUGAAAAAAAUGAAUAUGCCUUCAUGGGAGCCCUCAUAAUACAAGAGGUAGUAAAGGAGCUGGUGGGAAAAGGCCUUAGUAAUGCAAAAGUACUACUUCUGGCAGGAAGCAGUGCUGGGGGAACUGGGGUGCUUCUCAAUGUGGAUCGAGUAGCAGAGCAGCUGGAGGAGAUGGGUUAUCAAGGGAUUCAGGUCCGAGGGCUGGCAGAUUCUGGCUGGUUCCUGGAUAAUAAACAGUACCGCAGAACCGACUGUAUUGAUACCAUAACCUGUGCCCCAACAGAAGCUAUUAGGAGAGGAAUCAGAUAUUGGAAUGGCAUUGUUCCUGAACGCUGCAAACUGCAGUUUAAAGAGGGGGAGGAAUGGAAUUGCUUUUUUGGCUAUAAAAUUUAUCCCACUCUUCGAUGUCCAGUCUUUGUGGUGCAGUGGCUCUUUGAUGAGGCCCAGCUCACUGUAGAUAAUGUGCACCUAACUGGACAGCCUGUCCAGGAGGGGCAGUGGCUCUACAUCCAGAAUCUGGGCCGGGAGCUAAGAAAUACCCUGAAGGAUGUGACUGCUAGCUUUGCUCCAGCCUGUUUGUCUCAUGAGAUCAUUACGCGCAAUCACUGGACAGACAUCCAGGUGAAAGGAACUUCAUUACCCCGUGCCCUGCAUUGCUGGGACCGCAGCCUGCAUGACAGCAACAAAAAUGGGAAAGCCCCUUUGAAGGGUUGCCCAAUCCAUCUGAUUGACAGCUGUCCCUGGCCCCACUGUAACCCCUCAUGCCCUACCAUCCGGGACCAGUUCACGGGGCAGGAGAUGAAUGUGAUCCAGUUCCUCAUGCACAUGGGUUUUGAUGUUCAGAAGAUGGCACAGCAACAGGGCCUGGAGCCCAGUAAACUUCUGGGGAUGCUGAGCAGUGGUAGCUAGAAAGGGUUCUCCAUGAAAGGGCAGAUUGAUCAGAUAAGGAGCGGGAGCCUCUAAGCUUCUCUCCCAAACUCUUUAACCUUCUCCAUUCUCAUGCAGAUAUGCACACUUACACACAUGCACACUCACAAGCACACCUGCACACUUAGUGUGUGUCAAGAAAAAAAAGACAGAUUCUUGCUUACACCAUUUGACUGAAACUCAUUACCUCUAAACUUCAGGGCCCAAUCUUGGCUGUUCAGAAUCUCUUUCUGUGUUACACAAGGUGGCCUGAAGCAGGGAGCAGCAACGCCAUAAACACCAGCAUUGAGAACCCUUCCCAAGAGCUAAAAGGACUCUUACCCUUGCUGAGAAUGUUUCACAUCAUAGACUUACAACAUAUGGUGAAAAAAGCACUGGAUUUUUUUGUCCAAUUAGAAGUGAAGGAUUACAUGACUUCCUAGAGGUCAGCAUCUCAUGAUGUAUCAUAAUGUACAAACCAAGGACAUGUGCUAGGAACGGACACUCUUAUAAUCAAUUUACUUUUGUAUUAUUUUAUAAAAUGACUUUUUUUAUUAUUUUUUAAAAAAUUAUGCAAGAAAUAUAAAAUUAAUGAUAUUGUUUUGUAACAUAUUUUUUUUAAAUAAUGAAAAAACCUCCUGCUACUAUGGCAAUGUGGGCAUAUUUAUUUUAAUAUGUAAAUGCUAUUUAUAAGGGCUGACCAGAGAACUGCUCAUAUGUCUUUGUAAAGUUAUAAAUACUGCUCUUGGGGAUGGGUUUUUUUUCUGAUCACAUGUGUGUGGGAGAGGGCAGUAUUGGCAUUAUUAUAAUUAUUAUUAGAUUCCAAUGUUCCCCUUGUAGUAUGUUUGUUGUUAUUUCUGGAAUGGAAAGGAUGUAAUGCACGGUCUAGUUACAGAACUUGGUAGUCAGAAUCCACCAUCCCAUGGCAGUGAUUAAUACAGGUUCACAGUUCCAGACUAUGUGCAGAGCUGAAACUCAAGUAAAUAGUUUCAAAUAUUAAGUGUUUAAAAA